AUGUCCACAGCUGAAAUCAUCUCCAUCUCCACUGCCUUGAUGGCAUCAGGUGGUAUCGCAACCCUGACAUUCUUCGACGUCCCCGAGCUUCAAUCCCAACCUGCCUCUCGCUCUCUACCCUCUAUCCGAUGGCUGUUUAGUCGCGGGUCACACGUCUUCCCAUCCGCCUCACUUCUCUCAACUAUCGGGUUUAUAUACUCUGCAUCUUCCAGCAACUUGACAGGCUUUGGAUCCCUCUUCGCUAUCUCAACCAACACUCCCAAGACCAACACAUUCUUGACCGCUGCGGCUCUAGCUUUUAGCAUCGCGCCGUUUACUCAACUCAUGAUUCCGACGAACUUUCCUCUCAUUGAGGAGAACAAUAGACUUGGUGGAGCUAGAAGUGAGAAGGCGGCUGAGCAAGACUCGUCGUUGGAUAGAAGUGCUUGGGAAUCUGUCAAAGGAACUGGUGAAGGUUUCGAGUUUACAGAUCUGAGUGGUCCCCAGGAACAGACUGAAAGGGAGUCCACCGCAGAGGAAGAUGAGAAGGUUCGUAGUUUGUUGGAGAGGUUUCGAUGGUUGAAUCUCGUGAGAGGUGUUCUUAUUGGGGCUGGAGGAGUCGUUGGUCUCUAUGCUGCGAUCAACUGA